AUGAAUAUAUUAAUUGAUGGGAAUGAUCGUACAAAGAUCGGUGAUUUUGGGCUUGCUACGCGUGAUUUUUUUAUUCGUAAAACAGCUACUGGUGAACAUGAAAAAAAUGCGUAUAAUCGGAUGACAUUUUCUGGAAGACCUUCACCUCUCAUUCGCAAUGUCUUUUACCAAAUGAAUCGAAGGCGAAAAAUCAUGAUUGCGGAUGAUGCAUUUCCAAAUGGCAUAUCAAAUCGUAGACUUGGCGAACCUUCGAAAGCAUUUUUUGUGGGUACCAGUGUUCAUCAGCCGUUCGAGGGGCCUCAGAUGCUUAUCCCUGAAGUGUUUUGA